AUGGAGUGGCUAGAACGGAUGCCAGCUGGCAAUCCGGGAACGUCGUCGUCGUCUGUUCGUGGAUUGCCCGAUAAUCCUGCUCAAGGCCGGCGUCCCGUUCCCAAUUCCGCUGCCACCUCAAAUGGCCCUCCCCCGCCGCCGCCCCCGAUUCCCGGCCUUCGAAAUACGUCUUCCAACGCGACCUUGUCGGCGUCCAGUCCCAUCACUAGCGCCGCGCAGAUUAUUGGCUUGGCUCGAGAGGCUAUGCAGACGGCCCUUGAGAGCGAGGGUCAGGCUGCUGAGGCUGGUGCUGUCGGCACUGCAUUAAGAGCUGGCGUCACUGUCGAUCUGAGUCGAAAGGGAAUCCAAAAACUACCCGAAGAAGUGAUAGAUAUUGUCAAGGAUCAACUAGAACGACUUGCUUUGUCGCACAACCAACUGUCAAGUUUACCGACUCGAUUUUCCGAAUGCACGUCUUUGCGGUACCUAAAUAUCAGAGGCAAUCAAAUCAAAGAGUUCCCGAUAGCGCUAUGCGACCUGACAUCUCUCGAAAUUCUCGACCUCGGACGGAAUCAGCUUCGAAUACUGCCACAAGACAUUGCAAGGUUAUCGUCACUCAAGGUCUUGUCUGUGCCCAAGAACCAAAUUCGGGAAUUGCCUCUGUGCCUCGCCGAUAUGGGAUCCCUCCAAGUGCUCAAAUUUGAAGGCAACCCAAUUAGCUUCCCACCCAAGGACGCCAUACGACCACAAUCCGGAAGCCCGCCGCAUGAUGGCAUAAUGAGAGAAACCGAAGUUACCGAGGUCGCCGUCACGGCCAUAAUUAAGAAGUUUCUUCGGCAUUUUGCCAUGACGGGACGGAUGGAAGGUGACGCAACUGGUGAUGAGUCCAGCGAGGGUGGUACCGACGUACCUCGGUUUCCUUUGAGACGAGCCGCGAGCGGUCGAUUUCCUAUCAAGGUCAAUGGCGCUGACGUACCUGAUAUGCGGUCUCCUAACGGUGCACCCCGACCGCCCCCAAUCCCGACGAGGUCGCAUAACCGUGGCUUAUCGCAACAAAGCACUGCGAUGCGUCGGCCGGGCGUCAUGCCUUUAACCAUCGGAAAUGUGAAUGAGAGGCUUCGCAGCAACUCCGAGACAUUGCUGCGAUCUGAUCGAGGCCCGGACGGCCGCAGUCGACGCAUGGGAAUCGUAUCCAGGAAGCCAUCUGAGCUGGGCACCCUCGAUGAGACACAGGCAAAUAAUCGCUUUAGCCACUAUCGCGGCCUGAGCCACGGUUCUGCCAUGCAAGGAACGCCCCAAGGUGUCAAGAGUCCGGCGACGCCCAGUGACCCAUACCUCCAGCGACCCAUUUAUGUUCGCCGAUUAUCUGUCCUCCCCGAACGUCGGCGAGAGUCAAAGAUAUUUGACCCUAUCAUUGAAGCAGCCAAGGGCAUCCUGUAUUCCGUCUUUCAGAUCCACCCCAUGAUACAGAUGCUCAUGACCUUGACAAGUGACGGAUCAGCAAAACGGUCAAGUCUAGAAAUCGUCUUUUACAACACCAACUCGCAUGUUGAGGAGCUUGAACAAGAGGUCCAGAGACACGACACGACGCUCCUAGAGAAUGGCCAAUACUCUGCCAUAGAUAAUGAAAACGUGCAUCGAGCCUGCCAUACCCUUGUCAGCGCAUACGGCCACGUUUGUACCCUUCUGGCCGAGAACAUUGAUACCUUUGUCAACAACGGAGACGCGCGAUAUAUCCGCACGCUCUUGAUGUUACUCUACAAUAGUAUCAUGGAACUUCGUGUAACCUUAGCCACUGUUGGUGCCUCGCGGCCAGGAUCUCAAUCAUCGAAUCGCAGCAUGCCAGACGCUAGCGAGACGAUAAAACCAUUCCAACGGGAACCCUUUGCGACCCCGACGGCUGAUCGGACUGGGCUUUUGCGCAGUCGUAAUGGAACCGUCGUCCACAAUCCUGCUGGCCUGCGCGUCGCAACAGACCUCCCGCUUCACUACGCCAAUGGCUCAACUCGGACCGCAAAACUCGCCUUGGCAACACCACGGUCCGGCGGGUCCUUUUCUUCUACGGGCAGCCGAGAUCUUGCCAAUGAUUACACGGGAGAGGAUGCACAGUUUGACAAAGUCUUUUUAUCACUACAAAAGUCCACUGACAUAGUUCUCCGCACGCUGCCAAGCUUCCACGGUCAACUGCAGAGUGAUUUGAGGACGGCCAUGCAGCGCCGCGCCCCAAUGGCUCUCGUCCAGGACUGGAAACAUUUAAUUGCCAUGUGUGGCUAUACCAUACAGCAGACAGAAAUCCUCCGGAACAGACUGUCCCUGAUUAAACUCAAUGACCCCAGUGUACGCUCCCACCCCGGAUUCUGGACCUUGUGUAACAACUUUGUCAACUCUUGGUGGUCCUUGAUCACCAAGAUCAAGAAGUCCAUCGACGGCCUUCCGCUGCCGCCCGAUACAAGGAUGCGAUUGCGACCUAUUCAGCAAUGCAUGAAGGAGACUGGCAACAUAAUCGUACAAUCACCCUGGCACAAUCUAAUGCGAUCUUCUGGGCCUAAUGGGAGUCUGGGUGGUCACUAUUCUCAGAGUGCCUCGCCGACAACCCAGGUUCCGAUUACGCCGCAAAGUGCUGCACUUGGACCUGCCAUGCAGGCGACCGUUUCUACAACACCGCAUAGCGCCUCGUUUGCCGCGGCAUUCCAUGGCAACGUUUUUGAUCGCGCGGAUGCUCUAAUGGCAAAUCCUGGAAUAUCCAUGUCUCGCAGUGGCACAAUGUCGCGAGGCCAUUCUGGGUUCAACUCCCUCUCGUCUAUUUCGUCAAUGUCGUCGGAUGGAAUCCCGUCAAUAUCAGCACCCUUUAGCCCACCAAAUGGAGGCUUGGGGCUAUCUAGACUACAUGGCGGGAGGUUGGCUUUGUAA